AUGACUUGUACAUGCUCAUCUGAGGAGAAUCUGUUGGAGACUUAUGAGUGUCAGCUAAAGAUACUACAUGCAGUUUUGACGGCUUCAGGAGACCAGGAGAGAGACCAGCUCCUCAAGGACCAUCCUGGAGACAUCUGCACUUUAGUCCACAGCAUUAUAGAGAAGGUAAAGACUGAGAUAACCGCUGAUCUAAAUGAUCUUCAUGAAAAACAGAUGAGGAGCACCUUAGAGCAGCAUCAGAGCGCAACAGAAGAGCUACAGCGAUUACACAGUGAAGAGAAGAAUGUUUUAAAUGAGUCUCAUGCAGCAGCUGAGAAUGCACUGAAGGAUCAGAUUGAAGGGCUGACGUCAGAGCUGAAGCUGUUCAACGAGUUAAAGCGCAGAGCGGAGGAGUCCACGCUCAAGAGAGACCUUCAGAGAAAUAUUGAGACUCACGGCAGUCCUGGUGCGUUCUGGGAGCAGGAGCAGGAGAGUCUGUUAUUUGUCAUCGAAAUGAAGCGUGAGCGUUUACAGGACCAGGGGAACAAGCUGCUGCAGAUGGAAACACUGGUGGAGAAGAAGCUGUCGCUGGAGGAUCAGCUCCUGCAGGCUCUCCAGCAGAGCGAGGACUACAGAGUGCGGAUAGACAACUACCAAAGCCUCAUACAACAACUGUCCAAGGAGCAGAACGAGCUGCAGGAGGCGCUAGAGAAGCAGUCUCUGCAGAACCAGAAGCUCAGCCAGGAGAAAGAGGAGCUGCUCUUUAAACUCAUACACCGCAGAGACUCAUGCUCCUCCUUCCACCUUCCUUCUGUCAUACCCACACAAGUGUCUCCCAGCUGACUGCAGCAUCCACCCUCAUCACUGUAUCCUC